AUGGCAAUACACGUAGCUGCCCUGAAUUGCCAAAGUGAAGUCACAGACGCGACGAUAGACCGCAACUGGUUGUUGUCAGGUUGUGGCCCUUGUCGCAAGAACUCAUUCGAAACUCACCCUGAAGUGCCUAAUGACGACGCCGGCGGCUUCAGGUAUGACGAAGACAACGAUGCAACAUACAAAAGUAUCUGCGACGUGUGCCGCAGUAACUAUGGCCCCAAACAGCCAGGUCGCGAUAGCCAUGGCCCUAAAGACCGAGAUAAGGUCAUAGCCAUCCCGACCUCGGUGCUCAGCUUGCCCAAGGAGACACCAACCAUUGCGAGUAUGGAAACAAUACAGGCGAAACCUCGUGUCGGAUGGCUAGACCCUCCAGGUCCCGAUGACGGCGCUGCGUUUAGUAACAAUAAUCCUCAACAGCCAGACAAGAUCAUAACCAGCCAGACCUCGGUGCUCAGCUUGCCCAAGGAGACACCAACCAUCACAAGUAUCAAAACAACGCAAACGAAACCUCGCAUCGGAUGGCCAACCCCUCCAGGUCCGGAUUAUGGCGCUACAUUUAACAAUAAUGAUCCUCAACAGUCAGGUCGCGAUGACCAUGGUCCUAAACAACCAGAAAACGGUAUUACCAGUUCGGUCGCGGCGCUCAAACUACCCAAGGAGACACUAAGCAUCACGAGUAUCAGAAUAACACAGACGAAGCCUCGCGUCGGAUGGUCAACUCUUCCAGGUCCUGACGAUGGCACUACCUUGGCUUGGUUUACGAAAACAACAACACAUACCGAGACUGAGACCGAGACCGAGACCACUACCACGACGGCAUCCACUACUAUAGAUCUAAGGAAGAGUACAGCAACAUCCAUGGGUCUCAGUGAGACCACGGAAACAUCAAUGAGUCCGGGGAAGAGUACAGCGACAUCGAUGGGUUUGACUGAGACUUCAGCAACAUUGGACCCAGAAGGGACUGACACUCCAACGCCACAAAAGAAGAAACACUCUGCUGGCCUUCAAACAGCCGGUAUCAUCAUUGCAGUUCUCUUUUUCAUCGUGUUCACCGUUCUGGUCACCUGGAAAUGCCUUCAACACCGCCAGCAUAUUCAGUUUGAUGAUGACCCAGAGGAGCCAAUGGGUGAAGCUAAUGAGGUUGGAGGCAGCGCCUUCGACGAUUCAGACUCAGAGGCCGAUGAGGGACAGGCCAGAAAUCUGGUGGCCUCGGUGAGGGACUGGUUCAGAAGGCACCAGUUUCCAUUUCCUCCACCGAACGAGCCUGAAGAACCAGAUCCUGAUGACGAGGAAGCUGAUGACUGGGAACCCGAGCCUCAUCCAGUUCCUCCCCCUCCCCCUCCCCCGCCUCCUAUUCCUGAGCAACCAGUUCAAGCUCCCGCCGCUGUAGUACAUCCAUUUAUCCCACGUACUCCUCGCGCUAUUCCAGGACAUCAAGUCCAGGCCCCUUCGGUUCAAGUACCAACUCCUGAUCCAGCUCAAGAUCGCAGCAACUCGAGUGUCUACAGCCAGGACAGCGGAUCUCCAGAGUCAGUCGAAAUACCUAGGCCACUCUCCAUAAACAGAUCCCGUCGUAGACAGGAAGAACCUCAGCCGCCUCAAGAAUGGAGGACAACUGGAGAGCCUGUGCAAACCGGAAAUUAUGGCUGGAUUUAA